GCACAGCAUCUCUCGACUUUUCCUCCUGCCAAUCAUCUUGAUUGACAUUUCACUCUAGCGCUCCUGUUUUCGCCUGGGUUUCGACGUUGCUGAGACAUUUAUGAGUGUUUUUAGGUUUUCCAAACACAAAUGCAGAAUUCAGAUUAUGUAGAGCGUUAUGUUGUUGUGUGAAAAAGAAAGAAAAGGACGGACUAAACUUCCUCAGUGUGAUAUGGCGCAGCAAGGGGCAAGAAGUUCAGGUUGUGCAUUACUUUAAACAUUUUUUCCCGGUUUCAGGGUUUUCUGUAGACUUGAUUACUUUACUUCCAGGUACUUAUUGAGCUUCUGAGGCAUGCAUUGUUUUAAAAGUAUGAAAUAUGAUGGAUAACAGUGUCAGAAGAGUCGAGUUUCUUUUAACGAAAUGUUGAAACGUGGAUCAAGUAGCAAAAGCUACAGUCCUUACGCGACUAGUCAGAGAGUGAAAAAGUCAAACAGCAAAACUAUAUUGGACAUCUUACCAAAUAGACCCAACGUCUGGCUCAAACAGCUCUCCGCUCUUCAAGAACAGCCUCGGAAAGAUGCAGUCGAUGCAGUCAACCCUUCGCCCCAAGCGUCCUCCAGUCUGUCUCCUCCUGUCCUAGAUGUCCCGAUUUCCUGUCCAGGGACCCCUUUGGCCCAGCACACUAAGCUGGUGGGCAGCCCGUCCCCGAUGGGCACCCUGAAGCGGCCGUCUUCUCUGAAUCGUAAUCCGAGCGCCGCAGGUUUCCCCAUCCAGUCUUGGGUUUUCAGUAAAGGUGCUGGAAAAUCCGUCAUUGCCCAGACUCCUUCGCCGGACACGCCUGAGACUACAGUGGCGAUUGAGGUGGAAGACAUCCCGUCAUUGCUACGCAUAGUGGAACGGUUUGCCAAAGCGGUGGAGAAAUUGAAAGAUGUCGUGCUUGAAGACAAACAGGAGAAUCGUCGUCCAUUGGCCCAUGAGUGUUUGGGGGAAGUGUUGCGCAUCCUGCGGCAGGUCAUCAGCAUGUACCCGCUCCUCAACACAGUGGAGACGCUCACGGCUGCCGGCAAACUCAUCUCACAGGUCAAAGGAUACCACUAUGAAGUGUGCAAUGAAGCAGACAAAAAAGAUUUUGAGAAGGCAAUCGAGACCAUCGCUGUCGCCUUCAGCAGCAAUGUGUCAGAGCUGCUGAUGGGAGAGGUGGACAGCAGCACGCUGUUGUCGGUGUUGCCGUCUGAGAAGAGCAGGUCUAUGGAGAACCUGUCGGGUCACGAGUCUUCACACACACGGAGUGAUUCGUCUGAGCUGGUGAUGAGCGCUGAAGAGGUGGACAUUAUACUGCAGCGCAGUGAAGGAGGAGUGGACUCGGCUCUGACGUACGCUAAAACAAUCUCCAAAUACAUGAAGGAUCUAAUCGGUUACGUUGAGAAAAAGCUUGCACUAGAGCUGGAGUUCUCCAAGGGCUUACAAAGGAUCUAUCAGUCUUGUAAACAGACCAUCACACAGCCACACAUGCCCUUCUUCUCCAUCUACUCUCUGGCUCUGGAGCAGGACCUGGAGCAGAGCUCUGGGAUGCAUCAAGCCGCCUCCACCCUGCAGAACCAGACCUUCAUCAUGCCUCUGCUGCUCCGCAAACAAGAGCAUGAGAAGAAACGCAAGGAGAUCAAAGAGCAGUGGCUGAAGGCAAAGAGAAAACUGAUGGAGUGUGAAGCCAACCUGCGCAGGGCCAAACAGUUCUACAUGACCCGCUGCGAAGAGUACGACAAGGCCAGGACGGCGGCUAACAGAGCCGAGGAGGAGGGCGGCAGUUCUACCACCAAAACGGUAGACAAGAAGAAACGGCUGGAGGAAGAGGCCCGCAACAAGGCUGAGGAGGCCGAGGCCACGUACAGGACGUGUAUCGCAGAUGCCAUCACACAACACCAGGAGCUGGAGCACAUAAAGGUCACCGUCCUGCGGCAGAUUCAAGAGGUCAUCAAACAGAGCGACCAGACCAUCCGCUCGGCCACCAUCUCCUACUACCAGAUCAUGCACAUGCAGACGGUAGCGCUGCCGGUGCACUAUCAGACGCUGUGUGAGAGCAGUAAACUGUACGACCCGGGACAGCAGUACGCCACGCACGUCAAAGACCUUCAGAUGAACGAAGAGCCCGAGACGCAUUACGAGUUUGAGGCCUACUCUGCCUCCUCCAGCCAGGCGUCAGCCAGAGCUCGUGCCGACAGCGCUAACGCUGAGGCUCACGGCAGUCCUGAAGCGCCGUCCACCACGGGAGAAACGGCAGAUACGAGCUCCUCUCAUAAAGAUGAACAGAAGAGAGCUCGAGGUCACAUGACCCACAAAUCCUGGGGCUCCACAGUGAGUGACACAGACAGUGUGGGAGGAGGAAGUGGCCUGGGAUCCCCAACCACCAGCACGGGUGACAUAAGUAAAAUGGCUCGAACAUCGUCUACAGGAACAAUGUCAUCAAACGAAGACCCAGAUGAGAAAGACACAAAUGUUACUUCCUUUGAAACACCAAAUAUAAACGGCAUCGAGCCUGAGAUCGUGGUUCCCACCGGGCCGUUCCGGAACGUGGGUCUGUCAAAAGCCGCUCAGACGCACAAACUGCGUAAACUGCGCUCCCCGUCCAAAUGCAGAGAAUGCGACAGCUACGUUUAUUUCCAGGGAGCAGAGUGUGAGGAGUGUUUCCUGGCCUGUCACAAACGCUGCUUGGAGACUUUGGCUAUUCAGUGUGGCCAUAAGAAACUCCAGGGUCGCCUUCAGCUGUUCGGGCAGGAUUUCUUGCAGGUGUCCGGCAACAGUCCCGACGGGGUCCCCUUCAUCAUCAAAAAGUGCAUCGGUGAGAUCGAGAGAAGAGCUUUGAGAAUGAAGGGCAUUUAUCGAGUGAACGGGGUGAAGACGCGGGUGGAGAAGCUGUGCCAGGCGUUUGAGAACGGCAAAGAGCUGGUGGAGCUGUCACAGUCCUCGCCACACGACAUCAGUAAUGUACUGAAGCUUUACCUGCGACAGCUUCCAGAGCCCAUCAUGCCCUUCCGUCUCUACAACAGUCUGAUGGGUCUGGCGAAGGAAAGCCUGGCCGUGGUGGGUCCAGAGGGAGCCGAGACGGGCAAAGGGCCCGACCUGGUGGAUCUCGGCCCUGAGACGGACCCUGAACUCUUGGCCCUCGUGGACCGACUCAGGAAUCUCCUCAAAGAGCUGCCCAAACCAAACACCGCCACUCUCCGCUACAUAGCGCGCCACCUGAGAAGGAUUGCAGAACUGGAAGAUGACAAUAAGAUGAGCCCCAGCAAUCUGGGCAUCGUGUUUGGCCCCUCACUGAUGCGGCCCCGGCCCUCAGGGGCCACGGUGUCUCUGUCGUCUCUGGUGGAUUACCCGUACCAGGCUCGAAUAGUGGAGACCCUCAUUGUGUUUUAUCCUGCCAUUUUUCAUUAUGAUUCCAGUCGUCCUGCAUACACCAGCAGUACCCGCACACAGUCCCUACAGCAGGAAAGCAGCGUUGAUGAAGAACACUGUUCAAAUGAUGAACAUGGAGUCACAGAUGAACCCGGCGCUGCAGAAUCAGACAAGUUUGAGGGCCUUGAGAGUUCAACAGGAACCCCUGGUUCUCUGGAACACAGUCUGGACUCGGAUUCGGAUGCAGACGAGGAACGAGGCCGAGUUGAACUCCAGCCCCCCAGCCCUACAGACCAGCCGCUCGACUCGACCACCGAAACCCAAAUGAGGCCGCCCAUCCUCCUCGUGAACCUGCAGUGUCCCUCCAGCGCAAAUAACAGCGGCGACCCCCCAGCCCUCCCCGAGAGCGAGCCGCCCGAGUUAGACGAAUCAGAAGAACCUCCAACGAGCUCGCUGGCAGCGUUAAAUAUCAAUCAGAGUAACAACAACAACAUCAAAACACUCACGACAGCCACGGUUUGUCUGUGACGGUCCGAUGUGGUUUUUAAAAUGCGUUUUAAUAUUUAAAAUACUUCGCCUUAGAAUCCUGCAAUUUUCAGAUGGUUUUUAGCUUUAUUUUACAAACACAAUGGUACGCUUCUGGUAUCAUCAUGCAUUCUUCUCAUUGUUGAUGAAUAUCUCUAUUGUUAAAUUUUAUAUGUUGUGCUUGUCUUUUAAUAAUAAAAAAAAUGAGUGAUUUCA